AUGCCUCAGAACGCAGGAAAACCACGAUCGAUCCGGUUGAACCGUCUAAGCAACCAAGUCUUUGUAGCCCAAAUCCGGGAGCCCCAUCAACGGGCCGGAACCUGCGAAGUAAGCCACACGAUCAUGGUCCCGACGGGAGAAGAUUGUCUGGGGUAUGGGAUCGGGGCAUGUGUAGCUCGGGAAGGAGUCUACGACGUGCAGAUUAUUAUCUUCCCAAGUCAACGCAGAUUUCUUGACCAAGAGCGUCCGAUGCGACCGAUCAUCCGCUUAGGACUCGCGGCCACUCCCGACGGGACGAACGACUUUAGACGCAGAGUCCUCAACACUAAACAUAUGCUUUGGCGACGAUCGAUCGAUGAUCCUGAUUGGUGUUGUAGAGAUUGGGUGCUUUGUAUCCUUUAUGCUGAGUUGGAUCACCACACCUUUCCUCACGAUCGCUUGUGGAAGGUCAUCAGACAUCUCGAGAACCCGCAAAUCUAGAAAUUCUGUUCAUCAGGUGAAAUCCCGAGCACAUCCACCGAAAAAAAAACCUCAAACAUAAAAAAAGCGCUUCCUACAAACUCUAUCAAUUUCCAUUCAUGUUACCGGGACAUGAUAGUUGAUUAAUUGCCUCCUCCCGUUUUUAAUUUCCA